CGAGAGAUCCGGCCCGCCUGUGGGUUGGGCUCCGAACUGCGCCGCUGGCUCCUUCUUCCUGCUCCUUCAUCCUCUGCUGAGCCCAGAGGACGCUGCGGGAGUCGGCAUCAUGACUGUAACGAGGCUAGCUCGGUUGCUUGGCUACAUCCCGGCCACCGCGUGGAGAGCGGCAAGAUCACCACUUGUGUGUUGUUCCGUGAGGAAAAUGAGUUCUCAAGGAGAAAAAUCCAAACCCAUCAAACAGUCUCAUAAGAAGCCAAAGUUACCAGAAGGUCGUUUUGAUGCACCAGAAGACCCUAAUUUAGAGAAAGAACCACUGACAAAAUUUCCAGAUGAUAUUAAUCCUGUUACCAAAGAAAAAGGUGGACCCAGAGGCCCAGAACCUACCCGAUAUGGAGAUUGGGAACGAAAAGGACGCUGUAUUGACUUUUAAGCCAUAUAUUAUUAAUUUCAGUAUCUUUUUCUGAAUAUGUACAUCUGAAUUAAUUUAUUUCUCAUUAUUUUCUCUCUGUAUAUCCUUUAAGUCAUUUAAUCUCUAUAAUGUGUUUAAAAACACAAAUAGGGGUGCCUGGGUGGCUCAGUCAGUUAAGCUUCCAACGUUGGCCCAGGUCAUGAUCCCGCAGUUUGUGGGUUUGAGCCCCGCAUCGGGCUCUGUGCUGACAGCUCGGAGCCUGCAGCUUGCAGCUUCAAAUUCUGUGUCUCCCUCUCUCUCUGCCCCUCCCCUGCUCAUACUCUGUCUCUCAAAAAUAAAUAAAAAUGUUUUAAAAACCCACAAAUAAUGCCUUGAAAGGAAAUAUGCUGCUAUAAAUUAAGAAAGGGGAAAUAUUUCUACAUUAGCACAUUAAUUUUAAUUUAAAUAUAUUGGAGUAUAUAAAAGAUGAUUAGAGCUGCAUAUUUCAUCAUAUUGCAUUUUAAAUUAAUCAGCUGCUUAUAAAGUACAAAUGUAAAUAAAACAAGUUUUAAUGAUUUUUAUUGCUAUAUGCUAGGUAAUAGUGCUUUUUGAAUGUGAGUUAAAUAACACAUUAUAGUUUUAUAAGGCCACAGUAACAACAGAAAGUCUAGCUCCAGAGACAGAUUACUUAGGUUCAAAUCCUGGCUCUGCUACUUACCAGCUGUGUGACCUGGGGUAAGUUAUUCAGCUUUUCCACACCUCAGCAUCUUCAUGUGUAAAUUGGAAAUAAUACUGCCCUUUUUGGGCAGUUGAGAACUUUAAAUGAGUAGGUACAUGUACUUGGAACAGUGCAUAGCACAAACCUCUCAUUAAGUGUUAGCUAUCUGUAAAUCGUAAAUGUAUUUUUCCAAGUCUGUAGGCUUUCUGGGGGGAAAUAUUUAGAAACUAAGUUUGAAAUACUUUAAUUGAAAUUGUUUUAUGAAUAUAACAUUACAAAAUCAUUAGUAAGAAAAUUAGUGAUUUUUUGCACCGAUGAACUGAGCAGAAAUAUGCACUCGUUUGUUAAAACAAAAUUUAGGUACAGAGGGGCAAUUUGUGACAAAAGCAGGGGAUGAAAUGGGCCAGCUUGGUCAGUUUUGAUGACUCAAAAGCUCUUGUCCUGUGGCCUUUGGAUAACUGGGUCAGGAAAAGUCAAGGCCAGUUUAUAGACAUGGAAUGGAAAGGAAGAAUAGAAAUUGCUGGGCUUGCCUGUGGCAACCCAUGCUGGCCUCUGGCCUUACUCUGUUACAGGGAUUGGGCCUUCAGCCCCCAGGCUACACUGAAAUUACCUAGGAAGAAGGGGUUUGCACGGCCUGUAGAAGAUAAUGCAGUGGGCUGAUGAUUGUGUGACAUGAAUUAUAAGUGUAGUAUUAUUUGAGAAGAUUGUAGGAGAUUUAUUUACGUAAAUAAACUUUUUGUAAUGUGUGUUCUCAGAAACAAACUAACUGGUGUGGUAAUUGGGCCUAGUCAUCAGUCUUUGUCAACAUUUGUUCUUCUAAUGGCAGUUACUAUGUAUGUUGCUAAGUAAGAACCACAUUCCUUUAAAAACAUUCUGUAAUUUAGUCAACCUUCAAUUAGCCCACAUUAAUGGAGGUUUUUAUUAUGUUACUCCAGAAAUACUGUAUCAAAUUAUUUUGUAUUGCAUAUUCUUGCUUGUGUUUAUGAUGUGAUAGAGGAAAGACAACUUAGAUACGUCAAACACUAAUAUAAAGGAUGUAACAACCAAAGUGUUGUGUUAAGAUAACAGAAUCCUUAACCUCUGUUAAUAGUAACAUGUUUCAUGACAGCUGUCAAAUAUAUAGGUAAGAUUUGAUGGCAUGAAAACAUUUAUGGUCUUUAUGUCCAUCAAACAUUAAAUGGAAAAACCUGAAGACUUCAAAAAAUGAUAUAGUAGCAAUGGAUAUGCAUCACUCACAUCUCCUCCUAUGAGAAGCAGAGUUGACUGAGAACCCCAGCUACUACCCCAUGGAAUCCAACACUGUGUUCCUGCUGAGGACACACUUUCCCCAGGCUGUUCUCAGGCAAUGAAUGAGUAUGCUGGCCCACGCCCCUGGUGGGUGGCAUUGACUCAAACACUCCCCAUUAACCUGCCCAGUACUUUGUUCAGACCAUGCUUUCUUCAGACCAUCUGAGACUCUUCCUACCCAAUCCUCCUUUCUUUCGCUCUCCCCUUCACAGGAGUCAGACUCUGCCUACUUUUCCCCUUUAUAAUUCAAAACAUCUCCCCAAUAAAUCUCUCACAUCUAAUCCCAUCUUAUCAUUUGUUUCUCAGAGAACCCAAACUAACAUGGAUGAUUUUAAAAGAACAGCUUAUAGAAGAGCAAUUUAUAGGCAGGAUUUGUUUUCUAGUACAAUCAUAGUCUAAUCACUUAAAUUUUACAUUGGAGAUUUCUGGGAAAUUAUAGGUUGUACUUUUAUAUAGAAGGCACCAUGGAGCAUUGUUCCUAUUAGGUGUUUUGGUAGAAUUAAAUUAUGCCCAUCCUUUUUUCUUAUUUUGAUGUCAGUUGCUGUGACCUACUAGUCAAAAUAUAAUACUGCCUAUUAUUAAACUUGAAGAACCAGGGGCACCUGGGUGGCUCAGUCAGUUAAGUGUCUGGCGUUGGCUCGGGUCAUGAUCUCGUGGUCUGUGGGUUCCAGCCCCACAUUGGGCUCUGUGCUGACAGCUCAGAGCCUGGAGCCUGCUUUGGAUUCUGUGUCUCUCUCUCUGCCCCUCCCCUGCUAACACUCUUUCUCUCACAAAAAUAAAAUAACUUUUAAAAUGUUUGGAAGCCAUAAAAAAAAAAAAAAACAAACUGUAAACUGGGGGCUAAUACUCAAUUUCACAGGAAAAUAAAACAAACUUUUAAUAAAAAAAAAAUCAAAUAAAAUAACUUUGAAAAAAAUGAAAAUAAAAAAAUAAACUUGAAGAACCAGCCUAAAGCCAUAUUCUGCAAGUAAAUAACAAAUGUUCAUUAGAUGGAUAGAAUAGUUUACAAUGAGAGAACUUAGUAAAAGUAAUUGUUAGUGUGUUGUAUCAGGAAUUUUAAUGAUAAUUUCAGAACAGGACAGUAAUUUUUAUAAGUACAACAUAAGAAUGGCAAUGGAGUGUUAGUUAACCAAUACUGAUUGAUCAAUUUGGGAAGAAAAGCAAAAUGAAGAAUGCCCAAGUUCAUUCCUUCGUUCUGUUGAUUGUCUCAUUUAAUCAGUGAUUAUUUGUCUACCAUGUUCCAGAUACUCUGCUAGGCUUUGUAUAUUUGGUGACGAAUGAAACAGAGCCCUUGCCAUCCUGGCAUAAAAUCUGAUGGAUUUGAUCUGCACAUGAGAACAGUUCCAAAAGACAACUGAUUGAAGACAGUGCAUAGCAAGUGACUGUAUUUCACCCCAACAAAGCCAAAGGGAACUUCCUGUGUUUGAUGAAGAUACCACUUUCUGGAUUUUGUUACUAGACGACUGUUUAGAGACCUAAGUUUUCACCUUUUUAACUCUAAACUGAUUCUGUGAGCUAUGAAUCAAGUCAGAUAUCCAUUCUGUGAUCAGUUGUGCUCUGACCUUGCCAAAUAUCAGACAUUGACCUAGACACUGACCAAGAAGAUGUGGAGUGAACAGAGUGAUAUAAUUAAAAUUCCUGGACAUGUAAAGAUUCUUCAAGCAAUUUCUGGCUCCAGAAAAGCAUUUUUGGUAGGCAUCCCUCUGCACAACCACUGGCACUAAAGCUGUCUCUGAUUUCCCUAAGCUAGGACUGGCUGCUAUGAAUGAAUUAUAAAGAUUAUUGAAUCAUCCAUACAAAUGAGGGUAUGUGUGAAUAUUAGGAAAUAUUUAUGAUUAUUAGUAUUCGGUGUUCUGUGUCCUCUGGGGACCAUGUUCUCAGUCUGUCUCCUUGAGAGCUUUCAUUUCUAGAAAUAGAUAACUCUCUUCUGACCCUCCCAUUGACUUUGGUCUUGGUCUAACAUAUGCUGCUUUUCAUCUCCCUCUCCUUAGUGGGAGCAGUACUGUGUAUUCUCUCUAAACCACCUUAUCUCUUAUGAUCACCCAAAUCUGGAUGGAAAUUUUAAAAGGCAGCCUUCUUGGGGUCAGUCAGUUAAGCGUCCGACUUCAGCUCAGGUCGUGAUCUCACAGUUCAUGGGUUCGAGCCACACCUCAGGCUCUGUGCUGACAGCUCAGAUCAUGGAGCCCGCUUCAGAUUCUGUGUCUCCCUGUCUGCCACUCCCCCACUCACACUCUGUCUCUCUCUCAUAAAUAAAUAAACAUUAAAAAAAUGUAUAAAAGGCAGGCUUCUCUGUUAUUCAAAGUUUUCAGAUAAAGUAAGAGAACCUACUGUGUUUCUGUGGCGGUUGAACUUUUUGUUCUUAAAACCCUCAAAAGGUCUUUGGAGCCCCCUAAGUUGUUUAGGACCCCAAGGAACUUUUGUUUAUGUUUGUAACAUCUAUUGAUAUUUACUAUAUUAGGAAUGAAAACUGAGCAGUCUUUAAAAUAUUUAAUUAGUUUUAAAAUAACCCCACAAUUGGGGCACCUGACUGGCUCAGUGGAGCAUGUGACUCUUGAUCUCAAGGUCAUGAGUUCCAGCCCCACAUGGGGUAUAGAGAUUACUUAAAAAUAAAAAAUAAAUUAAAAAAAAAACAUAAUAAACUCAUUACAUGUUAGCAUAUAAUAGCAUUUUUUUUGGAAAAAUAAAAUUUUUCCAAAACCAAAAAAAUUAAGAAGGAUGGUAUUGUUUCCUAUUUUUGUAAUUCUCUUUAAUGUCUAACAGUAGAAGGCAGCUGUAUUUUCAUAUCAUCUUCUGCAUUCAAUCUGUUGGGGUAUUGGUUUUUUGUUUUGUUUUGUUUUUUAAUUUUAACAUUUAUUAUUGAGAGACACAGAGACACAGAGCAUGAGCAGGGGAGGGGUAGAGAGAGGGCAAGACACAGAAUCUGAAGUAGGCUCCAGGCUCUGAGCUGUCAGCACAGAGCCCGAUGCGGGGCUCAAACUCACAAACUGAGAUCAUGACCUGAGCCGAAAGCGGUCACUUAACCGACUGAGCCACCCAGGUGCCCCUGGGGUAUUGUUUUGAUUGAGGUCUAUCUAAGAAAAAAGCUGGCUUCACACAGAUACAUAGUUAGAAAAGGGAGGAUCUCGCAGAUCCCCUAAAAGGGUCUUGGGGACCCCUAGAGUCCUUGGACCACACACUUCGAAGAGCUGCUGAGCCAAUUUAAGUAGAAAGAAGGUACUAAAUGCAGACUCUUUGGAAGGGCGAGCAGAACAGGCCAAGCCUCUAAAACCAAUAUCAGAACCACACAACAGUGCUGGCUGGAGAAAGGAACUGUUGUCUGAAAUCCAGGUCAACUGCACAUCUUGCAGGCAGCAACCUGCCACCACCACUGCUACGGACCUUGGAACCCCUGAGGCUGCUGCUGACCACACUGGCAAACCAAAGUCCUAGUAGAGUUUUUUCCCCCUCAUCUAACCUGUAUCUGAAUCACUGUCUUAUGUGAGUGGACACUAAAGUCAGAUGUUUACCCUAGUGGAGGAUAGGACAUGUACUUUUAUCGAAUUCUGUGUGGGUAAGGGAGGCUCCACAUGGGGAACUAUCAGGUGUAGAGAUGAUGUUCAAAGAAUUUUGUACAGAUGUUAUUGUUGACCACUAUCCUCUGAGAAAACUAGUUAGGAGUCAGUUUUAUUGGGGUAUAGAAGUGUAAAAUACUUAAAGUAUAAUGUCGAUGUGUAAACAUGAGGUAUGAGUAAUCCCUAAAACAUGCUGAAUGGCUAUUCCUGUUCAUUUGAAGAAUGUUUCCAUAAAGUUUGGUCAUUUGAGCCUAUUAAUUUCUUUUUAUGCCACUUAUAUAGUCUUUGUUUAAUGAAAUGAACAUUAGUUAUGUGAAAGUUGCUUAAAAUUCAGUAGCAGCCCAUAUUCAUUUAAAAUACAGUCUAAGGGCACCUGAAUGGCUCAGUCGGUUAAGCGUCCAGCUUCAGUUCAGGUCAUGAUCUCGCAGUUCUUGGGUUCGAGCCCUGUGUUGGGCUCUGUGCUGACAGCUCGAAGCCUGGAGCCUGCUUUGGAUUCUGUGUCUCCCUCUCUUUCUACCCCUCCCCUGCUCACACUCGGUCUCUUUGUUUCUCUCAAAAAUGAAUAAACAUUAAAAAAGAAAAAAGAAAAGAAAAGAAAAGGAAAGGAAAGAAAGAAAGAAAGAAAGAAAGAAAGAAAGAAAGAAAGAAAGAAAGAAAAUAGAGAAUUUGGGGUGCCUGGGUGGCUCAGUCGGUUAAGCAUCAUCCAAGCAUCCAACUCUUGAUUUCAGCUCAGGUCACAAUCUCAUGGUUCAUGGGUUCAAACUUCACGUCGCUCUCUGUGCUGACAGUGAGGGGCCUGCUUGGGAUUCUCUUUCUCUCCCCCUUUCUCUGCCCCUCCCCUCAAAAUAAUAAAUAAAAACUUAAAACACAGUCUAGAUAUAUUUAGGCCCUGUAUUUCUAACUUAGAUGUGGAAUGUGAAUCUUGUCUACCUACAGCCUUGAAACCGCAAGUACUCCUAAUGAGGUGUUGCC